GCUUCCUCAGCCUCUUCGCUUCUCUUUGAGAUUUUAAGAGCUGUUCGGGAAAGUUGUCAAGAUGAAGCUGAUUGUCGUUGUUCUGUUGGCUGUCAUCUGCUUUGGUGCGUCUUCUGCUUUUUACGGAGGCGGGGUCAGAAGGCAACCCACAAAGCCAAGCAAAGAUUUGAAGGAUGCUCUUUGGUGGAUGAAAAAAGGAGAUGAUAAUGACAAUGGUAACACUGAUGACAAUGGUAACACUGAUGACAAUGGUAACACUGAUGACGACGAUGACGUGAAUGGCAAUGGAGACGUCGAUAACAACAACGAUGAUACUGAUGAUACUAAUGGUGGACAUGUCAGUGGGGGCAAGCAAGGAGGAAGGCCUUCCGGUAGACAGAAUGGGAAAGGAAACAAAGGUAACAAUGGAAGAAACAACAAUGGAAGAAGAAACAAUGGAAGGAACAACGGAGGAAGGAACAACGGAAGGAACAAUAAUGGAAAAAGAAACAAUGGAAAGAACAGCAACGGAGGAAGGAACAAUGGAAAGAAGAAUAAUGGAGGAAGAAACAAUGGAAGGAACAAUGGAGGAAGAACUAAUGGAAGGAACAGCAAUGGAAGAAACAAUGGAAAGAACAACAAUGGAGGAAGAAACAAUGGAAAGAACAAUGGAGGAAGAAACAAUGGGGGAAGAAACGAUGGCCAACAGGGACAAAAUUAUUAUGGAAGCGGUACUGACGGAAGAAACAACAACGACAAAACCACAGUUGCUCGCACUACACCGACCACACCCGCUACCACCACUACUGCCUUCGACGUGUGUCGUGAUUUGGCCGACAAGGGUUCCUGCGAUUUCUACACCCACCCGCAGUGUCUACAGAGGGUACUCAACACAUGCCGUCCUCUCCCCGUCCUCGCAGAGAAGAUCUGCACACAGUCCGUUAUCAGGGAGCCAGAGUUUGAUGACGAGGGUCUCAACUACAUCGACAACGUGAGAAAGUGCACUAUUAACAAGCUGCUUCCAGUUGUGGACUCUGAUGAUUGCGAUGAGAUCAACCAACUGGUCCUUAACGGCCACACCAAGAACCCUGGAUGCCUGUUCCAGGACGGAGAUUUCUGCAAAGUUGCUGCAGAUGCCCAGAACUGCGAAGCCCUCUUCCACAUUUUUGGUCUGAGCCACGCCGGCGAGCUUCAGUUCAAGCUGUUCACGACCUUCAACUCGCUCAUCGUGAACUGCGACAGCGACACCCAGACGACCUUCAACCUCAACUUUGCCCAGAAGUUCCUUGCUGAAAAGACAACCACCACAUCGACAACAACCACCACAACCACCCCUAUGAUGAGGAUGAUGGGUGGAUUCGGUGGUGACUAGAUGGCCGUGUAUUGGUCCGACGUCCGACAAGACGCUGGGAUUGAACUAACGCGAAUAUCGACGGAAUUGGGAUACAUGGUUGUGUAAUCGUGUUUUUGAAACGGGAAUAAAAAGUUGUAUUUCAUGAAAA